UUCUGUUCCAAACUGUAUUACACUUUUUCAAUACGCAACGGCGAAUGCACGCUUCCAGUGUAUUGUGCAAGUGCUUAUUCAAAUGGUUACUGCAAAAUAUAAAAUGGUUGUUUCUACUAGAGUUGG